UUUUUCUCUUCUCUCUCUAGGUGCAGGGGCAUGAUGAUGAAGAAUACUGGCGUCCCCCUUGGAUUAUUUAGUUAUUUAUAUGGAUUCACGUGCGUUUGUCAACCUGGGUUUGUCGGUCAAUCUUUUACUACGUCGCCUCUCUCUCUCUCUCUCUAUCAGAGGAGGCCAUGAAAAAGGAGAACGAAAGAACCAAACGAAACCCCAAAGAGGGAGAGAGAGAGAAGGGUCUGCUUGUGUGCGUGUUUACAUUUAAAAGGGUGGAUUGGAUUGGAUUGUAGUUCUGUGUGGCCUCUCCCCCCCCCUCUUUAAAAAAGUCCAUCUCGCUUCCCCCUCCUCGUCUUCUCCUUCUUCAACCCUUCUUUGUCUGUGUGUGUAAUGGAGCUAGCUCUGAGUUUAGGGGAUACGUCCAAGUCGUUCUCCUUCCUCGACAAGGCCCCAAAGAUGGCCGACGACAAGGACGGUAGCAACAGGGAGCUGGGGUUCUGCAUGGGUUUGGGAGUAAGUGGGAGGUCGUCGAGGCGCGGCGACGACGACGAGGACAGUGAUGGUGGCGAGAGAGAGAGUCCGGCGGCGGAUCGGCCCCGCCACCACCAACAUCAUCCGCCUUCGACUCUUCUUCAGCUCCAUCUCUUGCCUUUCUCUCCGACCAAUCCCAGGAACAACCACCACAACCGCAGGCCCUCCACCUCUCAGUUUCGCCUCCCGUGGCUCACCGAUCACUUGGGGUCCGAGCCGGAAUCGUCGGGCGGGGCCGGCAAGAGCCUGGACGUGAACCGCUUCCCUGCGGCGGCGGAGGAGGCGGAGCAGUCGUCGCCAAACAGCGCGCUGUCCUCGUUCCAGAUGGACUUCGGCAUCGGAACCGGAGGAGCAGGAUUCAGAAGCGGCGGCAGCAAGAGGGUCGACAUGGAAGGAGACAACGAGAGGGACUGUUCAAGAGGCAGCGACGACGACGACAACGGCCUGACCCGGAAGAAGCUCCGGCUCUCCAAGGAACAGUCGGCUUUCCUCGAGGAGAGCUUCAAGGAACACAACACCCUCAAUCCCAAGCAGAAGCAAGCUUUGGCUAAACAGCUGAACCUCCGUCCCCGCCAAGUUGAGGUGUGGUUUCAGAACAGGAGAGCCAGGACGAAGCUGAAGCAGACGGAGAUCGACUGCGAGUACCUGAAGAGGUGCUGCGAGACGCUGACGGAGGAGAACCGGAGGCUCCAGAAGGAGCUCCAGGAGCUCCGGGCCCUCAAGACCUCCCAGCCCUUCUACAUGCAGCUCCCCGCCACCACCCUCACCAUGUGCCCCUCCUGCGAGCGCGUCGCCACCACCACCCCCGCCGCCUCCGCCGCCGCCGCCCCCGCGGCUGCAGCCCCGCCCCUCGCCAAGCCGAAGCCCAGAGCUUACCCGUUCCCCCACGCCCCCCAGCGCCACCACCUCCCCCAGGCCCACCAGGCCGCCUCUUGAUCAUUGACCGGCGGGGGGCGGCGGUGGCGCACGCGCCUCCCAUCCCCGAUGGCUCCGUGUACAUACCUUGGCUUGGUUCUUAAAUUUAAUGCGGGCGGUUUUUCAUUUUGUAUUUUUUUUUUAUUUUAAUCUCUCUUACAUUUUGUUGGGGUUCUUUUUCUCCUGGGUUGUCUUGUCCCUACUGUGGUUUUUUUUUUUUUUUGUAGAGGGAAAGCUUGGUACUGUGUUGGGGAAGCGUCAGAGGUCAUGACCUUUGUCCAAAAAUGGCUAAUGAGAGAAGAGAUUUUAGGGCAAAAAUGAUUUGAUUGUUGGUCAGUUAAGGAAAUUACAAAAAUUUUAUUUGUUCUUA